CUUCGCCCUCUUGUGCCGCACCUUAGGGGGCGGUGUCGGAGUUCUGUCUGGGCCUGUUCGGGUCCGAGUUCGGAAUCUCGGUUCAAGACCCAGUUCCUCGGAUUGUUCCUGCGCAACUUCAGUUUCCCUUCCAGGCACGGGCAAUGUAAAUAAUGAUAGCCUCCCUCAUCUCUGGCGGGUGGGGAUUAUGGCUGGGGAAGGGGCUCAUUCGAUUUGUUGAACCUUUUCAUGGACUCCCUGAGCUGGCACCUGGGGAGAUCGUCCCAGUCCAGGGUCCCGAGUGUCAGGUUUGGGCAGGGUCUGGGGGAGAGGUGGUCCUCCCUUCUCCCUGCGGGGGCGGGGUGAGGAGCGGGCCUGCCCUCCGGGGAGUUCUGCCGCAUUCUCCCAAUCUCUCUUUCCUGAGAAGUGGGGGAGUUGGGGGCACCUCGAGGUCGCCUUGGGGCGAGGUGGUCGUGAGUGGGGGUCCCAGAUAUGCCAGGGGCGGGGGGAGAUCACCUUUGAGAGCGUGCGUGGAGGUGGGUUUCUUCAGAAGCGCGGAGUGUUUCUGGGUGCGAGCCUGGGAGUCGCGGGAGGUGUGGUGGCUUUGAGGAUGGUCUCCAGGGGGGCCCUCUGUGUGUGGGGUCUCCGUCCGGGUAGGGGCCAGGAAUAUCAGCGGAGGGACUCAGGGUCGUCCCUAUGUGUGACAGUGGCGCUCUGUGUGUUGGGGAGCCUCGGGAAAGCACUUUUUUUGAGUGGUAGGGGGCCUGGUCUCCCCCGGAGGGUGGGAGGGUUAUCUGAGGGAGUCCUCGGAGGGUCGCCCCCUUGCGCGUCAGAGUUGCUGCGUGGGGUCUGAGAUAGCGCCUGGGCUGGGGAAGUCAUUGUGGGGUCUCCGUGGUAAGGUUAGCGGGGCGGGGACGAGGGCGUCUUCGGCAGGUCGUCGCAGUCUGGCACCAUCGUUGAAUGGGGACGAGUUUGGGAAGGGUCUUUUAGGAGGGAAUAAUUUUUGAGUUCCCAGCGUGCGGGGGAAGGGCGGGACGGGAGGGUGCCCCAAGGCCCGAGUAGAUCAGUGUGGGGCAGGGGUCAGGAAUAACCUGGGAGGGAGCCUUGUAUGGGGGAAAUAAUUGGCAAGGGGAGAAAUGGGAUGAAGGGGGCCUCAGCGGGUCGUCUAUUGUGUAUGCAGGGUCGUUCUGUAGCGUCUCUGGGAGACGGCGUCCCUGGGAGCCCUCAGGUCGCCCCUACCCGCUGCGGGGUGCUUUCCUGGCGUGACGCCUUCCUGGCCCCUGGAGGGAAGGAAGUGAAACUCUCCUCUUCACCCACCCGGCUGGAAUGCGAGUCAGGAAGCCUGGGGCUCCAGCCUGCUCCGGCUGCCCCGGCUGGGGAUGGGGAGGGGCGUGGCCGGCGCGCAGAGCCCCGCCCCUCCCCUCCCGGAAGCCCCGCCGCCGCCCGCUAAGGCGAUCUCGGGCCCUGUCCUAAUAUGGGCAACCGGAAGCGGCCCGCGCGACUGCCCUACGUCACUACGUCCAAAUUUAGUUGUGGAAGUCAGCGGGCGCUGGUGGCGGGAAGGCGCCGCGAGCCAGUGCGGGCGGAAAGUGGGGGGCGCACCACCCCUUAAAGGGCCCGCACCAGGAAUGAAUGGAGCCAUUCGAUCAAUUCUGCAUCCUAUUUUUGGAGGAAUUGGAAUUAGGAUUUCUUGGAGAGACGGCGCGUAGCGGAGGGUAGGGCGGAGGUUUUCUAUCUGCUCUGUCUCUGCAUUGCUGGGUUUCCAGCUCCCAACCGAACCCCGCCUCCCCGAGCGCGGAGGCGGAACUCGGCCCCCUUGUUUGGGGGGCAGCAGCCACGUGUUCACGGGGACUGUCGUGCGCGCCGGGUUCGCAGCCGUGCGAGCUCUGAACCCACCCGUGGAGCUCCUGUCGCGGGAAACUGCGGGGGAACGGCUUGGUACGAAUCACGGGAACCCGUAGCCCGGGGCGGGUCACCGCCUACAAGCAAGGGCUGGCGUACGCUAGAGACCGAAGAGCUGGAGGCCCCAUUAGCCCCCUUUCACAGCAGUAGCAAAUAUUGUUUGUUUAGUAAAUAUUGGCCCAGUGACUCUGCCUUGGUUUCCGCACUUGAAGGAAGCAGAUAGAACAGUAUCCUCCGAGGAGUGGAGGCUGGGGAUCGGUGAAUUAUUGAUAAAAGAAGAGCUCUUAACCUAGCCUGGCACGUAAGCGCUGUUAGCAUGAUUAUUGGUGCAGAAAACACUCAUUAGACACACCUGGUAAAUGCUAAGAACAGUGGCCACAGGGGAUGUUCAGGCUGGAACCCGGGUCUUCCCCUGUGUGAAGGGAAACUUGCUGCCCACGACCCACUGGGGCCUCCAGACGUGAGCAUGUGGGUAGGCCGUGAGCUCCACCCCCGGCCCCCCUCCCUUGGGCCAGGGCGCUGAUGCAUCGGCGGGGCUCAGAGAAAGGAACCCACCCAGAAAGCUCAGCGUGGAGUGGGGGGGAUGCUCCUCCUCGCCAGGGUUCCCGUCCCCUUUCCCUGCUGGGUAAAUCACAUUCUGUCGCUUUAAGGAGUGUUUGGCCGCGACGAGUUGGAAAGCCCGGAUGCGUCCUUCGGUUGGGCGGGGCGUCUCAGUGACGUCACUGGGGGUAUAAAAGGGCCUGGGUGGCGGGCGCCUGGGUAGAGCGUCCUAGCCGUGUCACUGCGUGGGUUGGUUCGUGUAGAGAGGCGUGAGCGAGCCCGUUGUCCGGAGUGCAUCUGCUGCCUGUUCUGUCCGUCCCGGGAGCCCCCGCCGCUGUCGCCGUCGAGUCGCCAUGGAAGUGCAGAAGGAGGCACAGCGCAUCAUGACCCUGUCGGUGUGGAAGAUGUAUCACUCCCGCAUGCAGCGCGGUGGCCUGCGGCUGCACCGGAGUCUGCAGCUGUCGCUGGUCAUGCGCAGCGCCCGGGAGCUCUACCUCUCGGCCAAGGUGGAGGCCCUCGAGCCCGAGGUGUCCUUGCCGGCCGCCCUCCCCUCUGACCCUCGCCUGCACCCGCCCCGGGAAGCCGAGUCCACGGCCGAGACAGCGACCCCCGACGGUGAGCACCCGUCUCCGGAGCCAAUGGACACGCAGGAGGCGCCAACAGCCGAGGAGACCUCCGCCUGCUGUGCCCCGCGCCCCGCCAAAGUCAGCCGCAAACGACGCAGCAGCAGCCUGAGCGACGGCGGGGACGCUGGACUGGUCCCGAGCAAGAAAGCCCGUCUGGAAGAAAAGGAAGAAGAGGAGGGGGCGUCAUCCGAAGUCGCCGGUCGCCUGCAGCCCCCUCCGGCGCAAGCGGAAGGCGCCUUUCCCAACCUGGCCCGCGUCCUGCAGAGGCGCUUCUCCGGCCUCCUGAACUGCAGCCCCGCGGCCCCUCCGACGGCGCCGCCCGCGUGCGAGGCAAAGCCCGCCUGCCGCCCGGCGGACAGCAUGCUCAACGUGCUCGUGCGGGCCGUGGUGGCCUUCUGAGGACCCCGAGCAGCGCUGCCGGAGCCCAGAGCGCGCGUCGAACCGUCGGCCCGAGGGCGCAGACCCGAGGCGAGGCCACCCCCCUCCAUCCCGGGGGAAGCGCCCGCGAAAACCGUGGAGAGAAGCCGCCGCCCGGGCUGCUGAGAGGCCCGGAGAGGGACUCUGUCCCCGGGGAGCCAUCGCCUUCAGUGUGCAGCGACGGCACCGAGGAGUCUGAGCCGGGGGCGCGGGCGCCUUCCGCAGAGACCUGCGCCCACAGGUGCUGUCUUAGUGGACUGGGACGUGAACCUUUCGCCCUCCUUCUGGACUGGGAGAAGGGAGGCUUGGGUUUUUUGUUUGUUUUGUUUUUUAAGAUCUCCUCAGGGUCAGACUUCAUUUUGUACUGUGGGCUGUGCUGGCCCUUUCAAGGUUUUUCAAGAGUUGGUUUUGCGUUUCCAACCUCGGAGAAUUCCAGGCACUCCCCUUCCCCCUCCGCUGACAUACUUGUAUAAGCGGUCAUCGUUGCGUCAUGGGGCAGGCGUGGGGAGCUUCCUGUCGCCUUGCGUGGGUGUGGGGCCUGGCAGGAGGGUCUGGGGCGUGCACCCGCCCUGGGGAGUGGGGAGGAGAGUGGCCUGAGUCACUUCACCCCCGCGUGCUGCUGGUUAAUGUCCUGCGCCUCUGUACCUUCGGGUGGGAGCGCGGGCUGAUCUAGUUUCACAUUCAAGUUUUUCUCAUCUGCAUUAGAGGUGCCCAGUAGGUUCCCAGGUUCCAGCGUCCCCCUCCCUCAGACACACGGACACAAUCAGCCGAGGUUCCUGGUCUGAAUCACGAGAAUGUGGAGGGGUGGGGGGUGUCAGUGGAAAGGCAUAAGGCUGAGCUGAGACCAGUUGCUGGUGAAAUUGGGCCAAUCUGGGGAGGGGAACAUCCUUGCCAGGGAGUUUCUGAGGGUCUGUUUUGUUUACCUUUCGUGCGGUGGAUUCUUUUUAACUCCGUCUACCUGGAGUUUUGUUAGAAAUGUCAGAUAGGAAAAUAAAAACCAUCUGAGUAAAAAA